CCGUGUGGAAAAAAAGUGACUGACUGACUGGUUAGCUGAAAUCGACUGAAAUUAAAUUUUGUUAACUGAAGUCGUCGACCCAGUCGACUUUGGUCGUCUAUGUAACAGAUGACGAAUUUGGGACGUUUUUGUAUAUAUAGUCAACUGCGAUUGAAGUUGAAUUAAGUUGUAUUUUUCUCUUCUAGGAUUGACUGAAAAAUCAGCAGAAUCAACUUAAAACAACUUCAAUCUUUGUUGGCUUUAGCCAAAAACGUCCCAGAUUAGUUAACUGACGUCAGUAAUUUUUCACAAGGGUGUUUGACAGUUCUUUAUUUAUCUUCGUCAUUUGUUUAAAUAUUUUAAUUGAACAUAAGACUUACUAUCUUGAGACACUUUGAUCGAAACUAGUUGAUAAAUAUAUCAAUUUCGCAGUGAUAAAAGAAAUUAUGUCUGCAAUCGUUCACGAGUGCCUAUUCUGUCCGCAAACAUUCGGCGCAGACUUCGAAAAAGAUGAUCAUAUUUUGGAGCAUUUUGCCCAAGAAACUUGCAUGGAAUGUAACCAAAAAUUGCUGCGAAUCGGCGGAAAUUUAUACACAUUACACAAUGCUGUGACAUGCAUCAAGAGAGAAUUGAAAACCGAACGUUAUCAUAAAACUUGUUCACAAACAAAUCAAUCUUUGGUUCUGAUUGAUAGUCACCAGGAAUCGUAUAGUGUGUGUUAUGAAGAGGUUGCUGAUGCAAUAGAUUCACAAGUAACAAUCAAAGCCGAAGAACUAGAGGUUAUCGAAGAAUCAAAUGAUUUUGUUCAACAUUCGAAUAGCCGGCUUCCAUCGUGUGAAAUAUAUGAAACAAGUCGAUCAGUAUUUGCAACGAACCAAGCGAACCAAAUUCAUGUCACCAAUGCUAUCAACGACCAUUCCAUAAAUCAAACCAAUACAAACUUACAUCGGAUUAAGUGCAGCGCUUGUGAAAAGACAUUCCCUAAUAGAAAUGGUCUUAAAAGACAUACAAGACUAUAUCACGAUGCAUACUGUACGAAAUUCAAUUGUGAAUAUUGUAGGCGAGUUUUUUUGUCCGAAUCAUCCCUAAACACACAUUACAACUAUUGCACGAAAAAAGGGAAGAUAGACAUCGAACGUAAUGGCAUUGCUAUUGUGUAUAACAAACCCGAAAAAUCGAAAGUUACUCUGGUUGAUUGUUCUAUUUGUGGCAAGAUAUACAAUAAAAAAGUUGAACUUGGCAGGCAUAUGCGACUAAUGCACGACCCAAGCUGUACGAAAUUCAAUUGCAAAUACUGUAACUACUUGCUGUUGUCAAGAUCGGCAUUGGAAAUACAUUUUAAAAAUUGCAAACGUAGAAAAAAGUUGGAGAGCCAAUGUGGUAACGAAGUUGCGGGCAAUGCGCAACAAGGACAAAAUACACAAGUAAAUGCAAACGAAUACAUAAAGCCAUUUGGACACGAGAAAAAUCCUCAAAUAGAGAAUGAUUACUCAUUGAUCGAAGAAAUGAAUAUUAAGAGAGAACCGGAAAUUAAUAUCUGAUGAGUUAAAGAAAAUGAAAAAGACGAAAUCGAUGUAUAGAAUACACACAACGGGCACAGUAGAAAAGUUGGGCAAAUUUUAUUCAAUAUAUGUAAAUUGAAUGAUUUUAAUAAAUAACAAAAAAAACAAUGUUA